AUGGCGCAUCGCGAUCUGGAUAUCAUGCCAUGGGAGUGUCGCGAUGUAGAGGACCAAGCUGAAGCUCAGUACAACGCUCCUCUUCGGACUAAGAACAAGGCUCUCAGCGACGAGAAUGCAAGACUCAAGAAACUGCUUCGCGAAAACGGCAUCUGUUGGUCGCCUAUUUCCGCCACUUACCAGAAGUACAAUCGGCCCAAUGGCCGUCGAACCCGUUCUUCUAUAUGUUCUGAAUCCCAUCCUUACCCGUACUUGCCGACGGAAGUUAUACUGCGGAUUCUCAAGUAUUCUUUGACGUCCACGAGUCCCAUUGUUGACCCCUUGUCGAAACUCAAGCCCGAAAACCUUACGACAACAGAGCGAUCUCGCGGCAACCAGAUUGCCAUCCACUUCCUGGCGACCUGCAAAGCCAUGUACGAGGAAGGCAGUCGUAUCUUAUGGAAUCAUAACACUUUCGUCUUCACCACACAUGAUGCUGUUCGCAAUUUUGCCGACUUGGACUACUCUCACCGAACCAAUAUCAAGCAUGUCAACUUCCGUAUCAUCGCCCAGUAUUUCGAUGACAAGAAGCGGAAGCACAAGCUUGACCGAUCCUAUCAUCCGUCUCUCAAGAACGACAUCACUCUGCGAACCAUUCCUCGAGUUAAUGAGCACACCUAUGCCCGCGGUGGCUUCCGCUGCUAUACUUGGGGUCAGGUAACGGAUUUCCUGCGUGCACUCCGUGCACCCUUCGAUCCGAAGCACGACAAAAAAAUCAUUCGACCUCGACUCUUCCCCAACCUGGAGUCACUACGCAUCGAUCUUGUCAACUUCAUGGAUGACUUUCUACCCAUGCCUGGAAGUGAACUUCACGACAUGGCGUCGCACGAACUGGGUUGCUCUUUGAACGAGCUGCAGGUUACUGGCUUACCGAUAGACGACGCAGGCAGCAAAGCAACAGCGGAGCUUACUGGUCUCUUGAAGGACGAAGGUCUGUUCCUAGCGGGAUUACCCUCUUUCAUCCAGUUUAAGAAUGCCUUGAAGCCCCUCUCAGGUAUAUCGAGCUGCGCUCGCGUUGUGCGAGCCUGGAAGACCCUUAGACCUAAGAAGAAUGACGACUCAUCCCUCGGUGAUGACUCUGAUUCAGACUCUGACAUAGGCCACCAUCACCCCCGUGAGCCCAUCAUGCCUCCUGCACCUAGAGAGACCGGUCAUCCAAAGUCCGCCCCAAGCCGCAAGGACCUGACUAUCUGGAAACGAGUGCCGAAGACCCGCGACGGUGACGAACGUCAAUGGACUGAGUUUUGCCGUAGUAGCGGCUACCCCAUGGAAGACGUCGAGGAACUGAUGAGCGAUGAUGAGCUAGGCGUAUGCCCUUGCUGCGGAGAACCCCAUCCUAGUCUGUUGGAACUCCUUGAGAUGGAGGGUGACGACGAUGAUGACGAGUUUUGA